AUGGCGAUCAAAGUUGAUGAUCUCAUGAUUGUUUAUUCGCGCGAGAAAAAAGUAAUACAACAAAGUAAUCCUUAUUUUCUUCGGGGAUUCGUAUCUUCGGCAACAGUUAAGGGUUUAUAUGAUAAUAAUGUUGUGGCUGAAUUAAAUCAACGAGGCCUAGUGAACGCGUUGACAAGUCCUGAGGUUCAAGAACGUGUAAAUUCACCUGUGACUAUCUAUUGCGGCGUUGAUCCCACCGCUUCUAGUCUACAUGUUGGCAAUCUGAUAACCUUAAUGGGUUUAUUGCACUUUUAUAUCCGGGGACAUAAUGUUAUUGCAUUACUCGGAGGUGCAACUGGUUCCAUAGGUGAUCCAUCUGGUCGGAAAACUGAACGUCAAAUAUUAGAGAUUGAUGUUAUCACAUCAAAUAUUAAACAGCUUGAUGUACAAGUUCAAAGUUUUUUUAAUAACGGUGUUAUUUAUGCAACCAAACGCGGAGAUAUCAAAAAAUCAAGUUUUAAAAUACUAAAUAAUAAUAGUUGGUAUGAAAAUAUGUCGAUCACGGAUUUCUUACGAGAGAUUGGAAGGUUUGCCAGGAUUGGCUCAAUGUUGACGAGGGAGAGCGUCAAAGCUCGCAUGGAAAAUGCUCAAGGAAUCAGCUUUACAGAAUUCUCAUACCAAUUACUCCAAGCAUAUGAUUAUUGGUACCUUUAUAAUCAGUUUGAUUGUCGAAUACAACUUGGCGGUAGCGACCAAUGGGGUAAUAUUAUUGCUGGUAUCGAUCUCAUCAAUAGAAAAAAAUCUUUUUGUGAAUCAAUAUCCCCUGAUAUAGAAUCUCAAAAAGAAAAAGCUUAUGGUAUCACGAUGCCAUUAUUAUUAACUUCCGCUGGUGAAAAAUUUGGGAAAUCCGCUGGGAACGCUAUCUGGUUGGACGAGAAAAAAACUAGCGUUUAUGAUUUUUAUCAGUAUUUUAUUAAAACAACUGACGAUGACGUGAAAAAAUAUCUUCAAAUGUUCACUUUACUCGAUGCUCAUCAAAUAGAUGAUAUUCUAAAACUACACAAGGAUAUGCCAGAAAAGCAUUACGCCCAAACUCAACUGGCAAAUGAAGUUACUGAACUGAUCCAUGGAGAAAUUGGGCUUAAAAGAGCACAACUAGCUACACGAAUUCUUUUUGAUUCUUCUUUGGAAGAUAUUCAAGGUUACGAACUUCUUGAGGCUUUCAAUGGAGAUGCAAGGCUAACUUUGCUGCCUAAAGAUAGCGUCAUGAAUAUUUGCGUUGAUCGAGUGGCGUGCAGUGCUAAUAUCUGUAAAACGAGAAAUGAAACACAAAAAUUAAUCAAAAACGGUGGUCUUUAUUUAAAUAAUCAACGUAUAACUGAUCCAUUUUAUAAACUUUGCGAAAAAGAUCUUAUUGAUGGUUUAGUCUGCGUUUUCAGAUUAGGCAAAAGUAAUUAUAGACUUUUAAAAGUAUUAUAA